GCGGUCACACUGCUUGAGCCUCACUGCGAGUGGUUUUCUAUUAAAACGAAAAGGAUAGGGACAGAAAAGCCAAAACUACGUUAGUUGUGAAAAUUGCAUUUGUGUUGCGAGAGUUUUGUCAGGAUAAAUAGGUGUAUUUCCACCAUGGAAGUCGACGAGGAUGGAUACGAGGUUCCCUCCAGCAGCAGCAAGGGCGAUAAGAAGCGCUUUGAGGUGAAGAAGGUAAGUGGUCAGCAAAAAAGCAGGGUCAUUGUCAAUGAAUGUACUGAUGGUAACACUUCAUCCUUUCCGCUUCGCCGAAAACAGUGGAACGCCGUGGCUCUGUGGGCCUGGGACAUCGUGGUGGACAACUGCGCCAUCUGCCGCAACCACAUCAUGGACUUGUGCAUCGAGUGUCAGGCGAACCAGGCGUCCGCCACUAGCGAGGAGUGCACCGUGGCCUGGGGCGUCUGCAACCACGCCUUCCAUUUCCACUGCAUCUCUCGCUGGCUAAAGACGCGCCAGGUAUGCCCACUGGACAACCGCGAGUGGGAUUUCCAGAAGUACGGCCACUAAAAUCUACAAAACCCCCAAGACCCACCAGAUGGAGGGAGCAGCACUUCCCGCAAGCUAGAUGAUGGAGGCCUGCUUCAUCUGGACAUUUGAAUACCUUUUUAGAUCUUAAGCUAGUGGGGCGAUUCGAGUGAACUGGUAGCCUUUAGGAGCACAGUUACCGAUUUCCGAGACUCCCCGGGAAGCGCACCUUUUUGUAACGCGUUAAAUAAAAGCUGUAGAAGAUGGAGAAGACUAGACGGAUGUUUCUACCUUUCACCCUUUGGAGUCUAUAUUCACUGUGACGAUGGCAUCUUACCGCGAAAUCCACUAGCUAGUCGUGCCUAAAUUUUCAGAGUAUAUAACUCAUGACUGGCAAAAAAUAUGAUUGGGUCAUUGGGUUCCAUAAAUGUAGCUCUGCUUAGUUAUCCUUGGAUGGCAUUUGAAGAGGAUCUGGCUAGUUCAAACUAGUUUAGUUUUGCUUAACUAUAUGCGUCAUGACCAGCUCCAGAUCAGGUUGUUCAGAUAUAUGAAAGUAGUUUCGUAAAAACAAAUCAAAAUCAGUCGAUGCAAAGAAAGAGCUGCGUUUGUAAAAACUAAAUGUUCUUUUUAGUUUAUUAUGAAUGUUUUGCGGCCGCGGCAGCUUAGAAAAUAAUACACAUUAGUUACAGAUAUGAAUAAAGUAUAUGGUAUAUAUC